AUGGCUCAACCACAAGGUUUUGUGGAUCCUGAAUUUCCAGAUUUUGUUUGUCACUUAAAGAAAAGUUUAUAUGGUUUCAAACAAGCACCAAGAGCUUGUUUUGAGAGGUUUAGUAAUUUUUUGGUCAAAUUUGGUUUUACAAGAUCAGUGAGUGAUUAUUCAAUGUUCAUCUAUACUUGUUCCUCUGAAAUGAUGAUACUUCUUUUAUAUGUUGAUGACGUUAUUCUUACUUUGAAUUCUGAUGUUGCUAUGGAUAAGCUAGUUCAAUCUUUAAGUGUUGAGUUUGCUACGAAACAAUUAGGGGAUCUGAGUUAUUUUUUGGGUAUUGAAGCUCACAGAAAUGAAAAUUCUUUGGUUCUUACACAAAAGAAAUAUACUUUAGAAUUACUUAAAAAGGAAAAUAUGCUUGACUGCAAACCUUGUUCUACACCUGUAGUUAAGGAAUCCAGAGCUUCUAUCUAUGAUGGUGUUUUGUUAGAAAAUGCAGCUGAAUAUAAGACAAUAGUAGGUAAUCUUCAGUGUUUAACAAAUACUAGACCAGAUAUUGCUUUUGGAGUUAAUUAUGUGUCACAAUUCAUGCAUGCACCAACUGAUGUUCAUUAUCAUUUAAUUAAAAGAAUUUUGAGAUAUUUGAAGGGUACUGUUGGAGUUAGAAUUACUCCACACAAAGGUGAUAUCUCCACAAUAAGAGCUUAUACAGAUUCUGAUCGGUAUGGAUGCCCAGAUACAAGAAGUAAGAAACAACCCACUGUUGCUAGGUCUUCUGCUGAAGCAGAAUAUAAAUGUUUCUCUGUUACUGCAUCUGAGUUAGAAUGGCUAUCUAAUGUGUUUAAGGAAUUGCAAAUCUCAGUUCAACUUCCAAUGCAAAUGUUUUGUGAUAACACUUCAUCCCAGGACCCAGCAUAUAGAAGUUCAGCAUCAUAUUCUUCAAGUGCUGAUGUUGAUGUAUCUGAGUGUCAGAAUUCUUCAUGUACUGCUGAUGAAGAAGAACUCUCCUCUGACAAUGAAGCUGUUUUGUUUUCUGGACUUGCUCUUCGUUCUUCUAUUAUGUUUUAA